GCUGGUUGAGACUUGAGAGUGAAGUGAAGAAGCGGUUUCCGAAGAAGCUCAACUGUAUCGAAAAUGGCAGAACGAGGUGGUGAACGCGGUGGGGAGAGCGGUGGAGAUCGCGGUGGCUUCGGGCGUGGAUUCGGUGGUCGUAGUGGUGGAAGAGGUGGUCCGAGAGGCCGUGGACGUCGUGGAGGCAGAGCUACGGAGGAAGAGAAAUGGGUUCCAGUGACAAAACUCGGCCGUCUCGUGAGAGACAAUAAAAUCCAGAAGCUAGAACAGAUCUACCUUCAUUCUCUUCCUGUCAAGGAGUACCAGAUCAUCGAUCACCUGGUUGGUCCCUCGUUAAAGGACGAAGUGAUGAAGAUCAUGUCUGUUCAGAAACAAACCAGAGCUGGUCAAAGAACGAGGUUCAAGGCCUUCGUUGUCGUUGGAGAUGGGAAUGGUCAUGUCGGAUUGGGAGUGAAGUGCUCUAAGGAAGUUGCUACAGCUAUCAGAGGAGCGAUUAUACUCGCGAAGCUAUCUGUGGUUCCAGUGAGAAGAGGUUACUGGGGAAACAAGAUUGGGAAGCCACACACAGUGCCAUGUAAGGUGACUGGCAAAUGUGGUUCUGUCACUGUGAGGAUGGUUCCUGCUCCUAGAGGUGCUGGUAUUGUUGCGGCUAGGGUUCCUAAGAAGGUUCUUCAGUUUGCUGGUAUUGAUGAUGUCUUUACUUCCUCACGAGGAUCCACCAAAACCCUUGGGAACUUUGUCAAGGCUACCUUCGAUUGCCUACAGAAGACAUACGGGUUCCUUACACCAGAGUUCUGGAAAGAGACUAGAUUUUCAAAAUCACCGUACCAAGAGUUCACUGAUGACUUGGGAAAGCCUUUUUCCUCCAGCACCAAGCUUAUCACCGAGGUUGAAGACAAAGUCUAGAUUUAUAACACUCUUUCGUUUUUUUUUUUCUACUUUAUGAAUCAAGAUCAUUUUUUUGUUCGAAACCAUGCUUUUACUAGUAUAGGUUGCUGGUUUUUUCGAAAAUUUUCUGAUGAAUUUGUCAGAAGACUUACUAUGGAUCAUAUCACUAAACGUAGUGGUUGUAUUUGCAAUAAGCUAUAAUCAACGGAGAAAUGUUUAAGUUGAUGCUUCAAA